AUGACUAUGUCCUUGCUUGUUGGUCAUGAAUUUGACUCCGAUAGCCUUGACGUAGAUUCAAGUACUACAAGAAUCGACGUGGCGGAUAAAAUUGAUCCAGACACCCCAGUUGGCGUAAGGCCAAUCCAGAAUAUUUGCUGCAUUGUGGCAGGCUAUGUCGGCGGCCCAACUGCUGCCGUUAUUGCAUUCAAAAACCCACAGAUCCGAGUCACCGUCGCCGACAAAGAUGAGCGACGUAUUGGAAGGUGGAACUCACGACAUCUACUUAUUUACGAGCCCGGGCUUGCUAAAAUCGUUCGGAUUGCACGAGAUGGAAACCGGAAUUAUUCUACUAUGCUUAUAUCAACAAAUUCAGAGGGAAUCCCAUACGUGUUUGAAGAGCAUGAAGCGCACGAAGCGCACGACAGACAACAAGAGGGAAGGGCUGCAUCCCCUCGGAUAUUGAACUUGUUUUUCUCCACGAACGUUCCAAAAUGUAUUCAAGAGUCGGAUAUUUUCAUAAUUACGGUUAACACUCCGACCAAAAUGCGAGGAUCAGGCGCGGGAAGUGCAACAGACAUGACAGCUUUUGAGACUGUCGCUGCUGAUGUUGUGCAGCAUGCACGGAACGGAUCGAGUAUUGUGGAGAAGUCCACAGUCCCUUGCAAAACAGCCCAAAUGAUCCAGGAGAUGAUUGAUGUAUGUCGGCCCGGUGGACACUUUGAGAUUCUAUCUAACCCAGAGUUCCUCGCGGCUGGGACCGCAAUUCACGACCUGUUAUACCCGGACCGAGUUAUCAUAGGUUCUGCGACGACAGAAAGAGGCAAAGCUGCAGCAGAAACACUAGCUGGAGUCUAUGCUGGCUGGGUUGACCGGGCCCGCAUAAUUACUACCAACAUCUGGUCAUCGGAGUUGGCGAAGCUCGUGGCUAACUCCAUGUUAGCCCAAAGACUUAGCAGCAUCAACAGUAUUUCGGCAAUCUGCGAGGCCACAGGGGCUGAGAUUAAUGAGGUCUCGGCGUCAAUUGGGAUGGACUUCCGAGUUGGCGACAAAUUACUCCGCCCCGGCAUUGGGCUUGGGGGUAGCUGUUUCAAGAAGGAUGUCCUCAGUCUUGUAUAUCUUUCUGAGUCCUUGGGCCUUAAGGAGGUUGGGGCUUACUGGUGCCAGGUAGUUACUAUGAACGAAUACCAGCGCAACCGAUUUACUAGUCGUGUCAUCAAGUCCCUGAACAAUACUCUGGUUGGAAAGAAGAUCACUCUACUGGGUUAUGCCUUCAAGAAAAACACAUCGGAUACCCGAGAAGCACUCGCCCUUGAAAUAAUCAAGACUUUGCUUGAUGAAAACCCCUGUGAAAUCGCAAUAUUUGACCCUUUUUGCAAUCCCUAUGUCAUCGAGAGUGAUAUCCAUCAGCUACACGGGCCCCCCGCUCUCAGGGAUGAUGGUGGCACCGUGAAAUUCUACUCAGACAUAUAUGAUGCCUGUGCUUCAUCCACCGCAAUACUCAUUGUCACCGAGUUUGAUGAAUUCCGCAAUACUGAAUCGGCUGGCGUUCCUCGCGCCGUGAUUGAUCCACCACAUGUUGCAUACGCUCAAGAGAAACCACGCCUUGAGCCUGAUUGUGUCGCAGAUUGCCCAGACUGUCAGAGAGAAAACGGUAGCGAGCUUGCUAUCGGCAAGCCCAACAACAACCUUCCCAAGAAGCAGGUUGGCUGGAGGAUAAUUGCCGAUAAUAUGGCAACACCAAAAUGGUUAUUCGAUGGGCGGUGCAUCAUCGAGAUCAAAAAGAUGAGCCAGCUGGCUAUUCGAGUCGAGAGCAUUGGCUCCGUUGGCGAUAGCCAUUGA